UAGCUGGUUGAAGUGAAGGUAGACUCUGCGUGUAGUUUUCCCGCACGUGCAAAUCCACGGACGCUCGAGCUCUUCGAGGCGCAACAGAUGGCAAACUUAUUAUAAUCUGCUUUUGCGCUUAGUCACGAAAUGUGUGUGUUCGGCGCGUGCAACAAGGUCUUCCGGAGAGACUGAAGCAGGCUCAAAUCCUAGCCAUCAUGUGAGGGCUUUGGCCUCCUUUUUGACAUCACAAUUAAGCUACCUUACAUUUCUCACAGGAAAAAAGGAAGAAAAUGUUAUUUCAAGCAUGAUCGUUCAUUAUUUAUUUAACACUGAGGCCCUUUUUGCAGUCAAGCAUGGUUUGGUUCUUUAGGCACAAAGGGACAAUGUUAUUCCUUUACACCCUCUGUGCUAUCGUCGCCCUCAGCCCCGUGGCAGCUCAGGGCUCUUUUCCCAGGCUGGAGAAUAUCGCAGCCUACAAAUCUGUUAGUGCGGCACCAAGUGAGGCGACUUGUGGUUUUCCAGAGCGCAGCACCUUCUGCCAGGCUGCCCACACUCAGGAUGACCUCCUCACCUGUUCCCAGCAGUUUUGCAUCCAGGAGUGCCCGUAUCGCUCAUCCCCACCACGCCACACUGACCUCCUUGACUGGCAGGUGGACACAUGCCUGACAGGUGAGAGCCAGGAUUUGCGCCCGGGCUCAGAGACUGGAUCUGUUAGCUUCAUGUUUCGAAACCAGAGUGCCUGCUUGGCUUCUCACUCUGCUCCAAACCUGGGACAAGAAGGAUCAUUUACCAUAACAGUUUGGCUGAAACUUGAAGAAGCCUCUGUAAUGACCGUGUUCGAGAAGAGGAGCACGGACCGGCUGGUGUUCCUGCUGACGGUUUCAGAAACAGACGUCCAGUUCCACUAUGGUGUUCAGACUGGCCAAAACUUCUCCAUAACCAUAAGCACUGCAGGCCAACUCCCAGAAGGCCAGUGGACACAUGUGGCCUUACAGGUACACAGAACAAGCGUGAGCUUGUUCCUGAAUGGACAAGAGGAAGACGGCACGGCCUUCGACACGAAACCCCUGCUAAGUCCAGUCGCUGAUGUCACCUCAGACGCUAGGGCUUGGAUUGGCCAGAACUCUAAAGGGUCCAAUCAAUUUGUCGGGAGAAUGCAGGAUUUCAGAUUUUAUCCCCAGACUUUGACUAACAGGGAGAUCGAGGAAGUGUAUUCGGCGAGAAUCCCUCCCCUCCAUGCUCAGCCAUCGUGCCGCUGCCCCUCCAGUCACCCCAGAGUGCACCCCGUAAUGGAAAGGUACUGCAUCCCUAACGGCGCCAAUGACACCACCAGCAACCGCGUGCUCCGCCUCCACCCACACGCCCACCCGCUCAACUACAUCAACGAUAACGACAUCACCACCACCUGGGUGUCCUCCGUUUUCUCAAACCUGGAGCAACUGAACCAAGGGGUUUCCAUCACCAUAGACCUGGAGAGCGGACAGUACCAGGUUUUCUAUGUGAUUCUGCAGUUCUGGAGUCUGCAGCCUGAAGCCGUGCGCAUUCAAAGGAAGACCAGCAGCACCUCCGCAUGGAGAGACUGGCAGUACCUUGCGAAGAACUGCAGCAUGUUCGGGAUGGAGGACAACGGGCCUUUGGUGAGCCCGGACUCUGUCAACUGCCUUCAGUUUCCCAGCGGUAUCCCAUACACGAAUGGCAACAUCACAUUCAGCAUGCUAACCCCAGAGCCUAACCUUCGACCAGGCUACAACAACUUCUACAACAGUGCCACCUUGCAGGAGUUUGUGAGAGCCACACACGUGCGCAUCCAGCUGCAGGGCCAGUACCACACCGGUGCCCCUCACGUGCCCUUUCGCCAUCGCUACUACGCCGUGGACGAGAUCACCAUCAGUGGCAGGUGCGAGUGUCAUGGCCACGCUUCCAGCUGCGACACCAGCACGAAGCCUUACCGCUGCGCCUGCCUUCCUGAGAGUCACACACAUGGAGAUAACUGCGAGCGCUGUGCACCACUCUUCAACGACAAGGCGUUCCGAGCGGGGAAUCAGGUGCAGGCGUACAAUUGCCGACCCUGCCAGUGUCACGGCCACGCGGCUUCCUGCCACUACGAUGCCAGCGUGGAUCCUCACCCUCAGGAGCACUUCCGUGGCGGAGGAGGAGUGUGUGAUAACUGCAUACAUAACACCACAGGGAGGAGCUGUGAGCGCUGCCAGAGCUGGUUCUACAGAGAUGUCGGCGCGUCACUGUGGGCUGAGGAUGCGUGCAAACCUUGUGAAUGUAAUAGCAACGGAACGGUCAAUGGUAGUCUGGAGUGUGACCAGAUGGGAGGCCAGUGUAAGUGCAAGCGACACGUGUCUGGUCGACAGUGCAAUCAGUGCCAGCAGGGCUUCUAUAAGCUGCAGGCGUCGCUGGCCGAUGGAUGCCUCGACUGUAACUGCAACGCCGCUGGGACCCUGUGGCCACAUAUUACCUGUCACCAGGAGUCAGGGCAAUGCCAGUGUAAGACCAAUGUUAUCGGUCUUACCUGUGACCGCUGUAACUACGGCUUUAAGUUUCUUAACGACACCAAUCCAGACGGCUGUGAGCCAUGUGCUUGUAAUCCAGACGGAUCUCUCCACCAGUUUUGCAACCCUUUCUCAGGCCAAUGCGAAUGCAUGAGCGGCAUUCACGGUCUCCUCUGCGACACCUGCCCUCCUGGCACCUACGGCCCGAGGACGGGUGGUGUCUGCAUGUCCUGCAACUGCAGUGCUUCUGGCACCGUCCCGGGCUCAGUGUGUCACCCCGUAACAGGUCAGUGUGUGUGCCGGCCACACACCGAGGGCCGUCAAUGCAACUCGUGCCGCGAUGACUGGUACACACCGGGCCUUGAGAGCUGCCAGCCGUGCCACUGUGACCCCAGGGGCACUGUUAAAGGAUCUGCUAUGUGUAACAAGGAAAGCGGGCAGUGCCGGUGUAAGAGAGGUGUGGGAGGUCUUCGCUGUAACCGCUGCUCUGCCCAUAUGUAUAACCUGAGCUUGGGUAAUGACACACAUGCGUGCCAACCAUGCAACUGCGACCGUGUGGGCACUUUGGCUGGGACGGUGUGUGACCCUGACAGUGGGCAAUGUUUGUGUGUGCCCAGCCAUCAUGCACAGGACUGUAGCACCUGUAAGUCAGGUUUCUUUCGUUCUGACAAGCGUCAGAGUGUGUGUGAGGCCUGCGACUGUCACCCAGUAGGAGCAGUUGGACAAGUGUGUGACGCAGACACAGGGCAAUGCACGUGUGCUGAUUCCACCCUCGCUGGCCGCAAGUGUGACCGAUGCCAGGAGCUUUACUUCGGUUUUAACCCCAUCAUGGGCAGGUGUGAGCAGUGUGGCUGCGAUCCAGCGGGGAGUUUCAACGGCUCCUGCCACGCCGAGACAGGCCAGUGCCCGUGCAAGCUGUUCGUGACAGGCGAGAAAUGUGAACUGUGUGUAGAAGAAGCGAGUCACAUGGAUCCGGCCAACCACUUGGGCUGCAGUAAAGUUCCCAGACAGCAGCCUCCUCCGACAGGCUCCGUGCUCAGUGCCAGCACUAUCGAGCUGAGCUGGAAUGCCCCAGAUUCACCCAACAGCAACUCCCUCACCUACACGCUUCUCCGGAACCUGGAGCCAAUCCAUACCAGCCACGACCAGCUUCCUUUUGGAUCAAUGUACUUCACAGACACUGCUCUGUCUCCGUACACACUCUACACCUACCAGCUGAUCACCAGCAAUGUGCACGGCAACACCAGUAGCUCCAGUGUCAAUCUCCGCACUCUGUCCUCUGUCCCUGAUCUCAGUGAGCUGCAGCUGACCGUUGUGGGUCGGGCUAGCCCCACCAGCAUUUUGUUCAACUGGACAGAGCCUUUAAACACCUCAGGCCCCAUGGAGCACUACACCCUGCGUUCUGUGAACGAACAGAAUGGAGAAGAGAACCUUCAUUACCAGGGCCUCGGCUCUGAGGUCACAGUGGAUGCCCUGCGCCCGUUCAGCCGUUACAGCUUCAGUCUGCAGGUUUGCACCAGUGGUGGUUGUGCUCGCACUGCCAACGUCAGUGUGGUCACAGCACAGGUUACACCGCAGCAGCAACCAACACCAAGAGUGAGAACACUUUCCCCAACGCAGCUCCAAGUAGACUGGGAUGCGCCCGCCAUGCCAAAUGGUAUAAUUAUCAGGUACGAGCUAUUCAUGCAAGUGCUCAAUGAUUCACUGGGAAACAUGACCAGUCCCAGUACAGAACACAGGAUUUUCCUCAGCACUGGUUGGCUGGACCCGCUGCAGCCUUCGGAUUCAGCCGGUGAGAACACUCUGACUCCGCCCGAGAGCAGCGUGGUGGUGUCUGAUCUGGAGCCCUUCACUGCAUAUCGCUUCAGAGUGCUUGCUGUUAACAUGGCCGGCAGCACCACAUCAGAGUGGAGCACUGCUCGUACUGCAGAGGGAGUUCCGGAGUACAUGAGCCCUCCCCAGGUGUCUCCGGUGUCCCCGUCUUCACUUCGAGUGAGCUGGGAGACGCCACGGGAACAGGACAUCAGGGGGAUAGUGACCGCAUAUCAAGUCAGCCUUUACCAAGAGCAGACCUCAAACCCGUACACCCCUCCUGUACUGACACAGCUGUUGUACAACGCCUCAGCAGACGAGCGGACCUGCACUGUGACAGGCCUGAAGAGCUAUAAGGAGUACAGCUUCACUGUGACUGUGUGUAACACACAGGGGUGUGUGAGCAGUCUUCCAGCUUCAGGACGCACUCAACCAUCAGCACCAGCAGGGUUGAAGGCCCCAAGACUGAAGCCUUUAAACACAACCGCAAUGGAGAUCUCGUGGGCCGCACCAGCCAAGCUGAACGGACCUCCACCUGUGUACCACGUCGAAAGAACUGACGUAUCGUUCUCAGCUGCAGAAGGCCAGGUCAUCAGAGGCAGGCGCUUCACUGGGACCGAUUACUUCCGCUUUCCCAGCUCUACGCUGCCCAUUAACACUGACUUCACAGGUGUUCAGCUGAGUUUCCGCACACGGAUGGAAGAAGGGCUGAUCCUGUGUGCUCUUUCUCCCGGAGAGCAAGAAGAAUUUGUGGCUCUGCAAAUGCGCAAUGGCCGACCCUACUUCCUCUUCGAUCCUCAGGCCUCGGUGGUGGCCAUCAGUCCAGAAAAUGAUGGAGAGAGAAGGUAUAAUGACAACCAGUGGCACAGAUUAAUCGCUACCAGGAAGCAAGCACUGGGAACUAUCAUUGUGGAUAAUCAGUACAACGGUUCAGCAUCAGCAACCAGUGGCAGUACCAUAAUAGGUCAAAACACAGGGAUCUUUUUUGGAGGCCUUCCAGAGAAUUUCACUAUUCAUCGACAAGACACCGGUCUGGCCAGUCUGGCACGUAAUGGUUUUGCAGGCUGUUUGAGGGAUGUGCUCAUCCAGAGGAGCAGCAGUCCUGAGGCUGUUUGGGAGCCUUUAGACUGGGACUCAGCCCUGGAGGAACAUGAGACGUAUAGGGACUGGGAGGGUUGCCCUGCCUAUUCUGAGCAUGGAGCCUACUUCCUCGGGCAUGGUUUCCUCAAACUGCAACCAAAGUUUUUCAUUGGUGGAGAUGACUUUGAAAUAUCAUUCGAGUUCAAAACUGAUCAGUUGAAUUCGCUUCUGCUUUUUGCAUACGAUAUUAAUGGCGAGGAUUUUAUUUUGGCGGAGCUGCAGGGUGGGAUCCUCUCAUGGGUUUUGCGUUGGGGAGAUCAAAGGGUGGAGCUAGAUGUAUGGGUGGGUCUGUCCUAUUGUGAUGGAGGCUGGAACAGUGUAACCAUGCUGAAACGUGGAGCACUAACCAGAGCUGCUCUGAAUCAUGCAUUGGAGCAGCACAGGAGCGAGAGAGGAGGAAACCUCAAUAUCACCUCUCCACUUUAUGUAGGAGGAGUCCCAGCUGGACUUCAGCACCCAGCGCUACACCAGCACAGCCUGCUGCAUGGAUUUGGUGGCUGCAUCAGGGACGUUCGAUUGGCUGCAAGUGGUCCUGUCUUAAACUUGGUCAUGGCAUCGUGUGCCGCUGUCAGAGUCAAUCUGGAUGGAUGCCUGUCAGCUGACACCAGCGUUAACUGCCGGGGAAACGACUCCAUCCUGGUGUACACAGGCAAUGAGAUCAGCGCUCUGGAUCUGACUCUGCAGCCUUUUACUGAGUACUUGUACAGAGUGAUAGCAUCUGGAGAGGGAGGGUGGACAGCUGGACCGUGGCAGCGAGGACGCAGUCGAGAGACAGCUCCACAAAGUGUGCUGCCUCCCUCCAGAGUUGCCAGUGUAAAUGGCUCCAGCGUGGAGGUGAGCUGGGAGGAGCCGCCUGAGGUCAGAGGUGUAAUUGAGCGCUACGUGGUGAAGGCAUACAGCCGGGACAGUCCCUUAUCCCCUCCAAUCAGCGCCACCUUUAACGUGCAAUGGCUGAUGGGAACAUUAAGUGGACUGGCUCCUUUUAGCAGCUACAAUAUUACCCUAACGGCAUGCACUCAGGCCGGCUGUGGAGAAAGCCUGCACGCCACCAGCCUUACCACUCCACAAGAGGCUCCUGAGGAAGUUCUUCCUCCCUGUGCACUAACACACCCGGACUCUCUGUCUGUGUACUGGGAUCCUCCUCAAAAACCCAAUGGCGUCAUUACACACUACACACUCUACAAGGACCGCAUAGCCAUCUACCAAGGCAACGGCACAGCCUUCAACAUCAGCGGGCUAGGUGUGUACACUCAACACACAUUUCUACUGAGUGCCUGCACUGAAGCAGGCUGCACAAACAGCUCUGCGGUCACACUUUACACCGGUCAGCUCGCACCCUCGCACAUGGAGCCUCCUGUCCUUACUGUCCUGGAUGCUCACAGUAUAAACGUCCGGUGGUCAUCCCCACUGGAGGUGAAUGGGCAGCUGCAGUUUUACACUCUGUAUCAGGCCGUUCCUAAUGAGGAGCCAACUGUGGUGUACAACAGCUCUGAGCUUUUUGAGGAUUACACACUGCGAAACCUUGUCCCUGGGCAUAUUUACCUUUUCCAAAUUGCAGCAUGCACAGCAGGCGGCUGCACCAUCAGCUCCCCCAGCAUGGCCCAAACAGAUGAGAGCUCUCCAGAAGAAGUGCCGGCUCCCAGCGUCACUUACAUUUCUCCACAUGCAAUAAACCUGACCUGGGGACCUCCACUAAAGCCCAAUGGUGUGAUCAGCAGCUAUGGCGUAUGGAUGGACGGUGUACUGAAGCAGAACUCCUCAUUUACGAGCUUCAGGACGGUCGGUCUUUCUCCCUGGAGCUUGCACAGUUUCCGUGUUCAGGCGUGCACAGCUCAAGGCUGCGCUCUCGGCCCUUUGACAGAGGUACGGACCACCGAAAUGGCCCCAGUUGGCACCAUGCCCCUGGAAAUCCUCUCUGAGAGCCCAAAAUCCAUCUGGGUAAAGUGGGAGGCUCCAGUCAAACCCAACGGCAAUCUCAGUUACUCAGUACUUUUUACCGGAACCUUCUACCAGCCAUCAGGAGAGAACUCGAGUGAAACAGAAGAGCCGGUCACUGAGACACGAGCAUUGCUCACCUCGGUCACAGCAGGCCACUGGGUGUCUGUAGGGGGUCUGCUUCCUUUCUCCAACUACAGUGUGAAAGUGAGAGCCUGCAACAGUCAGGGCUGUGUGGAGAGUGCCUCCACCAGCAUCUCCCUUCCUCCAGCAGCUCCAGAUGGCCUUUUGCCCCCGAGGCUGGCAGCUGCCACCUCCACCUCUUUGCAGGUGGUGUGGCUCAGUCCCUCGCGCCCCAACGCUCCUGGGACACUGCGCUAUCAGCUCCAGAUGAAGAACCCGGCCACCCAGCACGUCCUGAGACUGGUGGAUAAUGAGACAGAAACAGUCUUCACACACUUGGUGGAAGAUUUGGACCCAUACACAGAGUACCAGUUCAGACUGCUGGUGUCUAACCACUAUGGGGAAGCUAGCAGCUCCUGGGUGUCUUUUCGUACUGGCCAAGACCGCCCUGAGUCUGUAGACCCACCGGUGCUGUAUGAGAUCCACCCUAGAAAUGCCACCAUUUCCUGGUCGCCUCCCUCACGCCCUAAUGGCAUCCUUACCCACUACAACAUUUACCAGAACAGCCAACUCAUCACCACCGUGCUUGCCAACACCACCAGCCUCACGCUCUCCAGUUUGGCGCCCUACCAGCAGUACUUCAUCCAGUUAGAGGCAUGUACUAAGAUGGGCUGCACCCUCUCGACUAAUUCACACACACUCCACACACCUGCAGCCCCACCAGAGGGUGUGACCAGUCCUCGGCUCUACUCCGAUACACCCACCUCUGUCCUGGUGACCUGGGCUCCGCCUCUUCAUCCCAAUGGUCCGCUUGAGGGCUACAUGUUGGAGCGAAGAGUUAAUGGCAGUCAGCAGAUUUCCACAGUGGCCACCACAAUCCCUAACCAGACUCUUACCUACCUGGACAGCUCAGCGUCUCUCAGUCCCUGGAGCACUUAUGAGUAUCGGGUGAUCGCCACCACCAGGCAAGGAGGCUCCAACAACAGUCAGUGGGAAAAGGUCACAACCCGACCUUCACGGCCAGCAGGCAUACAGCCACCCAGAGUGCUGGUGCCCGGGCCCGAGUCUGUCCAGGUAACAUGGUCAGACCCACUUAUUCCCAACGGAGAAAUUGAACGUUACGAGAUCCGGAUGCCAGAUCCACGCAUAUCCCACUCUGACACCUCAACGCUUAACCGGACCAUCACCGGCCUAGAGCCAUUCACUAACUACAGUGUGACCAUUCUGGCCUGUUCAGGGGGUGGGGGCUUUGUUGGAGGCUGCACUGAGAGCCUGCCUACUCCUGUCACUACAUUACCCACAAUUCCGCAGGGGCUUCCAGCACUUUCCAUCAUCGCCAUUAGUGAAUCUUUCCUGGCUGUGUCAUGGCACCCACCGUCAAGGCCGAAUGGCCCAAAUAUACGGUACAAGCUGCUGAGACGGAAAACCCAGCAGCCCCUGGCCUCCCGUCCCCCUGAAGAUUUCAAUCGCUGGUACCAUGUUUACGCAGGAGACAAAUUGUUCCACGAAGAUAAAGGCCUUAGCAGGUACACGUGGUAUGAAUACCAGCUGUUGGUGUACAAUGAUGUGGGCUAUGCUUCAGGAGAGGUGUCCUCAGGAGUUACUCUGGCUGGCCCACCUCUCCAUGCCACCAGUGUGUCCACUCAGACCAUCAACCACACAGCCAUUCUGCUUAACUGGACCACACCCACUCUGCAGGAUCUGCAGGGAAAAGUGGAGCUCUAUUAUCUCACAGUCAGUUCCACCCAGGAAAGCCAAACACUCCAGCUUGACCCCACUGUGACCUCGGUGCUGAUCUCUGACCUUCAGCCCAACACUGAGUACACAUUCUCUCUGACCUUGUCUAAUGGAGCUCACAACAUCACCAGUCCAGAGGUCACAUGUUCUACUGCAGAUGGGGAGCCGGAAGGAGUCUUUCCACCAGAGACCGUGACCCUCAACAGCACAUCUGUGCGGGUUCUCUGGGCAGCUCCUCUGGUUCCUAAUGGAGCCAUUACACACUACUCUGUCUAUCUGGAUGGUCAACUGUACACCUCUACUGACAACACGUCUGGAUCCCUGGAACUAGGAGGCCUCCAGCCUUUCACUGUGUAUGAUGUUCAGGUGGAGGUGUGCACAGUGUACGCAUGUGUGAAGAGCAACAGCACAAAGUUAACAACCGUGGAGGACAUGCCAGCUGACAUCACAGCACCCACCAUCCGAGUGCUCAGCUCCAGAUCUGUCCGACUAGAGUGGUCAUCACCUGCCCGGCCAAACGGCAUCCUGGGAGGGUAUGACAUUCGUCGCAAGGCCCUUAAGCCUUGUGAAGAGCUCCAGGUCAAGCAGGCCACGCUUCCAAAGGCUGAGUGCUCAUUUCUACAGUGCCCUAUAAACCAGGAGUUCUGUGGAAAUUCCUGUUACCAGCCAGAAGAGCAGGUGUGUUGUGAAAAGACUGUACAUAGCUUUAAAGAAUCACACCAGUGCUGUAAUGAGCGCUACUUACCAGCUGUAAAUGACUCUGGGAGUGUUUGCUGCGGAGGGAAACUACAUGGGUUUCUACCACAAUACCAGUGUUGUGGUGAUUAUUAUGUCCCCAUCCAUCCAGGUGAGGUCUGUUGUCCAGAUCCCUAUAACCUGCGAGUGUCCAUCGGUUUUGGUGAUUCGUGUUGCGGGCCGAUGCCCUUCUCCUCCACGGCCGGGCAGGUCUGCUGCAACGGAUUCCUUCAUGAUGGAUACAGAUCGCAAUGCUGCGGAGGAAAGCUGGUCUCUAAAGAAGUGUUGUGCUGCGGAGACACCCACAAAGGGACAGCAUACGCUCCUGUUCCAGGAAUGGCAUGCUGUGGAGAACAAUACAUCAACACAUCCACAAUGUUAUGUUGUGGUGGCCCGGAUCAGGAGCCGAAAACUCACAUGCUGGAGAACAGGACAGAGUCUCUGAAGUGCUGCUGGACUGAAGUGAUCGAGCAGGACCAGGAGUGCUGUAACGGCAUCGGGUUCGACCCAGACGUGGCUGUGUGUGCAGACCGGGCCCCACAUGACCUCAUCAUCAUGGAGAAGUGUCGCCCCAGCACUCUUUGUCCUGUAUCUACCGCCUCAAGGGCCUACUGCGGUGUGUGUGAUUUUAACCCAAAUCAGUUCACUUGUACCUGGGUGCCAGGCGAGCUGGACAGGCCAUCAUCUUCAGAGUCUUCCUCAGUCUUACCUGAACCAUUGCAGCCUUCUGAUCCAGCACAUACUCGCCUCUGCCCAACAGCUGAGGAGCUUGUCUACAGCGGAGUGGCCAACAGAUACUAUUUUACAGAUACAAACCUGGAACCCUACACCACCUAUGAGUACAGAGUGUCUGCAUGGAACAGGCGUGCCCAUGGGUUUAGCUUGCCUUCAUGGGUCACUACUAAAGAGGACGUACCUCAAGGUGUCCUGCCCCCCCGCUGGAGCCGAGUGGGCCUCCGAGAUGACAUCAUCCUACUUAACUGGUCUUCACCUAUUAAGGCUAAUGGCGAGAUCAGCCACUAUGUGGUCCUGCGAGACGGACGGGAGCGUUACCGUGGAACCGAGAAAAGUUUUACUGACGCCGGAGGCAUUCGGCCAUUCCAUGAGUACACGUACCAGUUGAAAGCCUGCACCACAGCCGGCUGCACAGAUUCCCCCAGAGUGGUGGCAGUGACUGUCCAGGGGGUACCUGAAGGGGUAGCUUCUCCAGCAGUGAGUGCUCUGGGGCCCAAAACUCUUCACAUCACCUGGGACGCCCCUUCUAAACCGAACGGAGUUGUACGGGAGUAUCGGCUUAACCAGACUGGAGUCGGGCUCAUCCACACACAUACACAUGGAGAGAUGGAGCAUACAGUCCAAGGACUGCAGCCUUACACAAACUACAGCUUUGUGCUCACGGCCUGCACUGUGGCCGGCUGCGGAGCAAGUAAGCCAUCUAUGGGCCGCACACUGCAAGAUGCACCAGAAGGCAUCUGGGCCAUGCCCAGGCACAUAGUGGUGAACAGCACGGCCGUAGAGCUCUAUUGGUGUCAGCCAUCCCGACCCAACGGCCUUCUCACACGCUACCGUCUUCUACGCGAUGGAGAGAGUGUGUACACCAGUGGCCCACACGAGACCAAGCACACAGACACCAACCUGCAGCCUAACACCAGAUACGUUUAUGAGUUGGAGGCCAGCACCGAUGCUGGUAGCAGUGUGAGCAGCCAGUACAUCAUCCAGACCCCAGUGUCCACCCCGGAGAAAAUCCCUGCUCCGUAUAACGUCAGCGUCUUGGGUCCACGCUCUGUCUUUGUCGCGUGGUCACUCCCAGGUGUGUAUAACUCUAGUCUUCCCCUGGACUACAGUGUCUUGCUGAAUGCCGGUACAGAGCGACCCCUGUCUCGGUCAGCUGCUCCUGACCAGUUCCUGAUGCUUGAUGGACUAGACCCGUACACCACCUACGAAAUAAGAGUUCAAGCCUGCCAAGCAGGUGGUUGUGGCGUCGGGGAAGGCAUCUCUGUCCAGACAAAUGAAGCAGCACCUAAGGCUCUGGAUCCCCCUGAGCUCAGAGCAGCAGGAGCAGCGGUUAUUGAAGUGCGCUGGAGUUCUCCACGCAAGCCCAAUGGUUUGAUCAAGGCAUACUUCCUAUACAGACGGCUGAGAGGAACCCUAGAGGAACUCCUGGUCUUUAUCUGGUCUGAUGGUCCUCUGGAGUUUAUUGAUGCUUCAGACAACCUCAAGCCAUUCACUCAGUAUGAGUACAGAGUCACUGCCCACAACUCUCAGGGCUCUGCCUCCAGCUCUUGGAGCUCCAUCCUUACUCUGGAGGCUGAGCCAGAGGAUAUGGAUUUGCCCACAGCAUGGCCCACAGGUGCUUACUCCAUCUUCCUAAACUGGACACAGCCCAGUAACCCUAAUGGUGUCAUCUCCAAGUACAAAGUGGUAUACAAACAACAGCUCAGAGAUCCCACACUCAGCUCCAGCAGCAUUACAGCUCUCACAGUACCGGGAGAUGUGCACCAGACCUAUGUAUUUGGCUUAGAACCAUACACCACCUACAGUGUGUGUGUGGAGGCUAUGAACAGAGCAGGUAGUGUCUGUAGCCCUUGGGCUACUAUUCAGACUUUACAAGCUUCACCAAGUGGUCUGGCCAACUUCAGUGUGGAAAAGAGAGAGCAUGGACGUGCACUGCUGCUGUAUUGGGCUGAACCUGCCUCACUCAAUGGAGUUAUUAAGACUUAUAACAUCUACAGUGAUGAUAACCUGGAGUUCAGUGGUCUUUCACGCCAGUUCUUGUUCCGCCGCUUGGAAGCCUACACCACAUACUCCUUGGUUCUAGAGGCUUGCACUGAAGCAGGCUGCACCAGGACUGUCCCACAGCCUAUAACCACAGAGGAAGCCCCUCCCUCCUCCCAGCUGCCUCCUACUGCCCAGCACAUUGGCAGCAACAGUGUGGAGCUUCACUGGGUCCCACCUGGACAAGCCAAUGGGAGAAUCCUGCAGUACCAAGUAUUAGCAGGCAAGAAUGAUGAGGGCGAAACAGUACAAGCCAAAGUUGUCUGUACAGAAAGGAAUGUCCAGGCUCAUCGCUUCUCCUGCAAUGUCUCUGGUCUUAAGCCAUGGAGCAGGUAUAAAUUCCAGGUGCAGGUUUCAAAUAUGGCAGGGUCAACUGAUAGCCCAUGGUUGACUGUUCAAACAAAGCAAGCACCUCCGAGCGCACUGGCUGCCCCAACUGUCAGUCAUCUAGAGGGGCGCCCUAAUGAGCUUUUCAUAAAUUGGACACCACCAUUUGAGGCCAAUGGUGUCCUUCUAAGUUACAGGAUUCAGAGAGAUGACGUUGGCUUUCAUUUCAGCUUUGACUCGUCUGUGUUAAACUACACUGAUGAGGAUUUGACUGCUUACACUAACUACAGCUAUGCAGUUAUCGCGUGCACAGUAGCUGGCUGUGUUACCAGCCAGUCAACUACAGUUAGAACAUUAGAAGCUUCCCCUGCAAUGGUAGAGCCACCCAUUGUGUCCAAUGUUACAUCUCACGCCCUGAAUGCAUCAUGGACUGUACCAUCUAUCCAGAAUGGGGAGAUUGUUGAGUAUAUCCUUCAGAUCAACAAUGAAGAAGUUUACCAUGGGAAAAAGUUGAGCAUCCAGGUGUCUAAUUUACAGCCACACACUUCUUAUACCCUUAUCCUAACAGCCUGUACAAAUGGAGGUUGCACAGCCAGUCUGCCCACCUCUACUAUUACCAAAGAGGCCCCACCAACUAGCAUGCCUGCCCCAAUUCUGAAGGUCACAGGCCCUGAGUCAGUGGAGAUAUCAUGGAAAGAACCUGAUCACCCCAACGGGCUUAUCACAGGCUAUGAACUCCGACGUGACGGUCACCUCAUCUAUGCCGGCAUGGAUACACACUACCAUGACUUUAUGUUGCUGCCCAGCAUUGAGUACAGCUAUACAGUCACAGCUAAUAACAGCCAGGGCACAGCCACUAGCCUCGCAACAGUGGCUCGCACACAGCCUUCAGUUCCAUCCGGAGUCGCCCCUCCACAACUGCAGGCCCUUGGGCCUCUAAGUGUACUGGUUCAGUGGGACCCCCCAGCGAGAGCAAAUGGGGUCAUCAUCAGCUACUCGCUUUACACACGUGAUCCAACCGAGCCCAACACAAAGAGGGUGAUCUUUGCACCGCAUCACAGCGCCUUUCAGAGUCGCAGUUUCUCUCUCACUGCUCUAAAGCCCUACCACAGGUAUGAAGUGAGAGUGGAGGCCUGCACUUUGCUCGGAUGUGCUGCAAGUGACUGGUCCUCGAUUCAGACUCAGGAGGUGCCCCCUGCUGGACAAAGUGCGCCCCUGCUGGAGCUUCAGUCUGACUUAAAAGGCAUGCAGAACAUUUUCCUGCUCUCCUGGUCUCCUCCAGCCCAAGUGAACGGCAAACUUCUGCAUUAUGAGCUCUAUCGACGGCUGGGGGAAGAAACAGGAAGCCGUUCUACACUUGUCUACCGUAACAUCUCAACCUCCUAUCGUGACUACAAGCUGCUGCCCUACACAGCCUAUGAAUACCAGGUGUGGGCUGUGAACUAUGCAGGUCGGGCAGGAAGCCCUUGGACUAUGGGACGGACUGGGCCAGCUCCUCCCGAGGGUGUGAGCCCUCCCACAUUUUUGCACGUCCGUGCCACCUCUGCUGUAGUGGAUAUCCGUCCCCCUGCCAAGCCCAAUGGCAUCAUCACCAUUUACCGUGUGUUUGACCAGAAAAAGGAUUCACACCUGCUGUUGUCAGAGGGGACAUCACAACAGCAGACGUUGCACGGCCUUAUGCCCUUCACCACCUACUCCGUCAGGGUGGAGGCUUGUACCUGCUUCUUGUGUUGCAGUCGUGGCCCUGUGAGUGAGCUCCACACUCAGGCCUCUGUUCCAUCCCAGCAACCUCCACCUCGACUCAUUACUCUCACCUCCCAAUCAGCUCUAUUCGAGUGGGAUGAGCCCCUGCAGCCCAAUGGGAUUAUUGAGAGCUGUGAGCUGCUAGUGCGGACAGCUUGUCCCCAACCUCUUCAACCAGUGCCAGUGCCUUGUUCUGUAGGGCCAGUGGAGACCAGGUUCUUUGGGAAGGGUCUGAGUCUCAACAUCACUGCACUUCAUCCCUACACCACAUAUGAGGUCUGUGUAGUGUCUUAUAACAACAUGGGGAGCACAGCAUCUGGCUGGAUUUCCAUCACUACACUUAAAGAAGCCCCACAGUAUAAGGAGCCAAUUGUAGUGCAGAGCAACCUGACCAUGGUUUUCGUGGACUGGAGUGGGUCUUUCUUUCUGAAUGGACCUCUACGGGAAUAUAUCCUGACUGAAAGCAAUCUUCGUAUUUACAGUGGCUUCCACAGCUUUAUCUACAUUCCCCGGACCUCAGAUAAAACAUUUGCUUUUCAGGUAACCUGUACAACAGACAGUGGCAGUGCAAGUUCCCCUGUAAUGAAGUACAACACUGCUACUGGUUUAGAUACUACAGAGCCCACUUCAGGUGGUAAGACAGGCUUGUACGCAUCAGGAUACAGGUUCUACACAGAGCUGUGGUUCAUCAUACUCAUGGCCUUUGUGGCUUUGCUACUCGUGGCUGUGUUGUUGGGUCUGGUGCUGCGCCGAGCCCUCAGGAAGCCUUCUUUCAUUAGAGAGAGGGCACCGCUUCAGCCAGUACAGAGGAGAAGCUCCAAAUACCCACCCAGUGACUCAUACCUGGGGCCCUGCUCUGAUCUCUGCUCUAACCAUGCCUCCACUGCUCUGCUUCAGUCUGAUGGAGGAAUGGGUCUGACUGAUACAAAGCUCAGUGUCAACAAUCGUGGCUACCAGAGUAGCUUGUCCAUGCUGCGUGUUCCGAGUCAGAGCCGGCUCAGUCAUGCCUACUCCCAGAAUUCCCUGCACCGCAGCGUUAGUCAGCUGAUUGAUAUACAGGAUAAGAAAUCUCUGCCAGGUUUGACAUGGGGCACUGAGCUGCAAAGCACCGACAAUGGCAUGUAUGUUGGAGACGAGGACUUUGCAGACUCUCUUAAGGGCUUCAGCUCGGUGAAGAAAGAGCAUGCAGUGUUUACAGACACACACCUGUAGAGCUUUCUUUCUCUCACCGUCAUUCCUACACAAACAGCCUCAAAGCCCAAAUUCACUUUCAACUGAUUUACCGUAACAACACUUUAAUAGCUUUAAACGCAAGGCAGGCUUGGUGAAGUAUGGACCUUAUUUGACCUUAUAACUAUUUGACCUUAUUUUCAGAAAAAGUUGAUUUCUUCUGCUGGUGUUUAACCGACUGAACCUUUACCAUGUUGAGUUUGGCCUCUCCACUAUAGACUUAGCUUAACCAUUAAAGUCUGUUGCAAGUUCAUGGAAUUGUAAUAAUCGUUCCUUACACUGGCCCUAUAAAAAUUAGAGAUGCAUUAGACCUGUGUUUAUGGCAACUACCUCUCUAAAAGUAACUGUGUGCAUCUUAGACUUAUUGCUUCCAUUCUUGCUUCCUAAUGAGGAAACAUUGACUUGUAUUAUUUGUUAAAUGUGUUUCCAUUCACGUAAAAGGAUAACUUUAGUACAGUACAGAAACUGUACAUCUAAAAGAAACACAUCCAGCGAUUCCUGUACUUUAUGCUUUUUAUUAAAUACAAAACUGCUGACAGACCCGAUAAAUCCACCGGUGAGACUCAUAAAAUACACACACAUCUCCUCCAGCAGGGCCUUCCCUCUAUCUUUCAUUUCAUAAUGUAUUUCUUACCUGGACACCCAAGAGUAAUAUAAAUGUUAUCAGAUGACUCCAGAAUUCAAGAGAAUGGGAAAUAAUUUCAUUUUUAUUCAGUUAUUUAAUGUGAUUCAAUUAUUACAAUAAACUGUAAACAGCUAGAGGAAGGAUUUUUAUUCUUACUAGAAUAUUCUCUUAAAUGUUCUCAUAACACUGCAAGAAAUUAACUAUUUAAGAAAAUGUUUUAGAGAAAAAAAACAUACAGUGGUAAAAAUAACACUUACACAGCACCCCCACAUGUUUAGAUGCAACAUAUCAUACAUGGCCUCUUUGCUUUUUUUCCUCUUCUUCCCUAAAUGCCAAUGCUUUAUGAACCCUGAUUAAUCUCAGAGACAGAGGCAUUCAAUAUUCAUCUCCGAGACAGCUAUAGACAUGCAGUUAUUAUAAAACAUUUCGCUAGUCAGGAUUACAACAAACCAUCAUUACUGCAACAGAAAUUUUGUCUGGCAGAAGUCUUUUCUGAUAAUGUCUACAUGUAUUUACAGGAUGCUACUAAUGGAAAUCUAGCAAGUGUGACUCUGUGCCUACUAGAUAACGCAAUAUAGCAGAAAUAAUUGUGACAAUGCCAACCAAACAAUAAGUAUUUUAAUGUGUCAUGUUAAAGCCUGUUGUCUUUGUAAUGUUCCACACGAAUUUUAGACGCAUGUGUCGUCAUAGGGGUUGUUUUAAACCUAUAUAUUAUAGCAGUAUAAUCAUCCUAAUGUAACAUCCUGUUCGGCGCUCUAGUUAUCAAAUACUUUUGUUUGCUCUUUUGUCUUUGUAAAGAGAUCAACAGUAUUAUUUAUUGAGUAAUUUAUAUUUUUUGGUACAAAUAAGAAUGUACUUUAAUAUCCUUUCAGGUUCAUUUAUAAACUUUUUUUUUUAUAUAUAUAUAUCAGGUAGUCAUGUAUUAGAAGGAAGCAUUUGCAUGCUAGUUGUGUUGAUAAUUUUGCUGUAUUAAAAUCAUGACUCUGAAUGCAUGUUUAUUUUUUGUUAUUUCUUUA